AUGCCCAGUACUGUAGUAUCUGGAAAGAGGAGUAACAGUACUGUUAUGGAGCCGGACAGUGGUGAGGAAACAAGGAAGCAUAGAAAGAAAUCCAGAAGAGAUGACAAGAACUCAUCGACAAAGAAUGGCGAUCCGCAACUAGAAUUUAAAGUUUUGCAAGGGUACAGGGACUUGGAAAGCGAGAUGCAUAAGGACAGAGCUCAAGUGACGAGAACAGGAGAUAUAGGAGUUGCUAUGGACAACCUGAAUGCUGUGGACUCCUUGUUCAAUAAGGUUAUUGGUAUGAAGAACAAUGGUUUGUUCGCCCAUGAUGCUCGAGCAAUGGUCAGCAUAAGUGAACUGGCCCAGAUAUCGGUGAGGAAUUUGAAGUUUGGUGAUUCGAGGAGUAUGGUCAAUUUAGAAGACAUAAUGAAUUCAAUGAAAAGAUACAUGCUAAAGGAGCAUUUCAAGCUGAAUUACAUCACCGAAAAUAGGAAUGAUUCAACGCUGAGUACCGACAAUCGUUCCGCAGCAGAACAAGAAGAGGAAAACGAUGACAGGAUACCCGACGAUGAUCAAACUGAUAAAGCCACAUCUUCUUUCAAAGCGACUUCCAUGAGACACAAUUAUCUACAGCAGUUUUCUCCCUAUAAUGAGUUCUCCCAGUUCAAUUGGUUCAAGAUGGGUGCUCUCUAUAAUGUUGUAAGUAAAGACGCUCCCACGGUAGACCACUUAAUGGGACCCUUCUCCAUUGAAAGGAAGCCCAAAGUAUCGACCCAACGAAGAAGGAAUAACGACCAAGUCGGUGAAAAGAUCACUGCUGAGAAAAUUACCCAAAAUUCUCUAAAUUCUACACAGCAAGAAACUACCCCUGAACAGGUCAAGAAGUGCUUUAGGAAGCUGUCCAAAAAACUAGGCCCCGCAGGUUCCAUAAAUCUUUUCAAAUUCAUCAUAGACCCAAACUCAUUCUCCAAGUCUAUUGAAAAUCUCUUCUAUACCAGUUUUUUGAUAAAGGAAGGAAAAUUGUUGAUGGAACAUGACGAAGAAGGUUCGCCUACAAUCAAGAUAAAACAAAGCGUAAACCAUACAGAUUUGAGAAGUAAAGAAAUUGAAAAGCAAAGGCGUCGUGACGCCCAUCAGAAUCAUAUCAUAUUUCAGAUGGACAUGCCUACUUGGCGAAAACUAAUCAAAAAGUAUAACAUCACCUCAUCAUUCCUAGAUUCGACAGAUAGGUAA